CUGGGCAAACCAGGAAAUAGUCACUGUGCGGACUGCGGAGCGACAGGUUCUCAUGGGAUUGAGGUCUGGGGACAGAGGUGCUCAUGGGAGGAUCUUGAUUCUGUAUCUGUUCAAGCCUUUCUACAAUUUUUCGUGCGAAAGUACGCUUUUGCAGUUCAACUGGAAUUCCUUUAAAGCCAAUAAUUAUGGAGGGCACUGUUUUACUAAGAGCCCCAUUUUCAUGAGUGGCAAUUUCGGGCUACUUUUUGGCACUUUACAAGGGCCCUUCAAAGACUGACUGUUCAUAAGAGAUUUUGCCAGAAUACCCUGGACUAGAAGUCAAAACAUUUCGUGUAUGUGUGUGCGUGUGUGCGUGCGUGCGUGUGUGUUGUAGCUCCAGAGUGGGCAUCGUACACUCUAGGCGUGUUUGUGUGCCACAGCUGCUCAGGCCUUCACAGAAACAUCGCACACAUCAGCAAGGUGAAGUCUCUCCUGCUGGACCCAUGGACCACGGCACAGCUGGAGUUGAUGGACUCAGUGGGCAACCACGCAGCCAAGGCUACGUACGAGCAGACGGUCCCCGCGUUCUACUUUCGGCCCACUCACAAAGACUGCUUUUACGGGAGCAGUGGAUCCGCGCCAAGUACGAGAGGAAGGAGUUCAUGCCGGGGGGUAGGCAGGAGUCCUACUCAGUAGGGGAAGGAAGCGCAUUAUCAUCCAUUUCAGACUUGCAGCACACUCGAAAGGAAGAAGAUGACCCUGUCGCUUUUGUCUCUGUGGUGUCGGGGCCUGUGUUAUGCAACGAUAAGCCACAUCUUCCUGCAGUGCAAUUUCUGGUUUGCACACACUUGGAGCAUUGGAAACAAAUACGAUGGGUCCAGUCGAUUUCAGUGCGCGCGCACGAAACGGGGCAAAGCCCAGUUUUUGCCACAAAAGAAAAACAAGGCGUCUUUGGGAUAUUUUCACCUCUUAAGAGCAAGGCGGAGUAUGCUCACGCUCCAUGUGAAGAUGCCGCCUGCGCACACAAAAAUACUAUUGUUACUUGCAGCACGGUGGUCACAUGGCGUUUGACCAACUGUAUUUAUGUGUCGGGAUGUUUGCUUCUCCUGUUGCGGCGCCCGGAAUAUAAUCCCACACUGUGGUGUCGUUGUGUGCUAGGCUACCGGGAGGGGUUUCUAUGGAAACGAGGCAAAGAUAACGGACAGUAUCUCAGCCGAAAAUUCGUCCUGUGCGAACAAGAGGGGGUGCUCAAGUAUUUCAACAAGCACGAUGGGAGAGAGCCCAAAGCGAUCAUGAGCAUCGCUACACUGAACGCCACCUUCCAGCCCGUUAAAAUUGGCACAGCCCACGGUCUUCAGAUAAGUUACCUAAAGGAUGAGAACCCUCGCAAUCUCUUUGUCUACCACGAGGAUGGCAAGGAAAUGGUGGACUGGUUCAAUACCAUCCGAGCGGCCAGAUUGAGCUACCUGCGGGUGGCCUUCCCCGGAGCUCCUGUGGCUGACCUGCUGCCCAAGUUAACCAGGGACUAUGUGAAACAGGGCUUUAUGGAGAAGACCGGUCCCAAGCACACAGAGGGCUUUAAGAAGAGAUGGUUCUGCAUGGAUGAGAGGAGGCUCAUGUACUUCAAAGAUCCCCUGGACGCCUACGCGCGAGGCCAGGUCUUCAUCGGCAGUCAGGAAAACGGCUACGACGUCCUGCCGGGCCUCCCGCCAGGUGUUCACACCUCCCGCUGGCAGUACGGGAUCACCGUGGCCACGCCGGACAGGACCUAUCUUUUUGCGUGUGAGAGCGAGAAGGAGCGGACGGGCUGGAUAGCGGCGUUUCACACGUUCAUCGGCUGCCCAAUGCUCCCUCAAGAGUAUGCCGUGGAGGCCCGUUUUAAGCACCAACUUGACUAUUAGGAUCUUGACAACAAACUGGAGGAUGGAGCCAUUUUACCUGCCAGCGAGAGGAUGUCAUGACUAAGUGAGGACAAGCCAUUUCCCAUCCGGCAACUUCAACGUGGCGGCGCAUGAGCUCUUUUCUGUUUGCUCACUUUCCAUUUGGAUAUGACUGCUUGAUGCCGUGAGGAACAUAAAACAAUGUUAUUGUUUGCAGUUAGGCUUCCCUAACCCUAGCCAUAUUCUAGAGAGGACAAAUGGCAGCUCCCACCCGUAGGCGAGUAAAUGCCAUGUUUUGCUUUUAGAAUACAUGCUUGGUAGAGUAAAGUAAAAAAAAAAAAAAAACACUGUUCAGUAACUCAGUCAAUUUUUUAUUAAACUGGAAAUCUUGACAUGCUA